AUGUCACGACUUUACACUCGCACUUCUCGUGGACGCCAGCCUAUGCUGGGCUCCGCGCCAAAAUUCUCAAAGUCGAAAGAACACCCGAAUGAUACAUACCAGUUGCCCAAUGGCAAGAAAAACAAACCAUUCCGUAAACAGCGCCCAGCUACCAGCAAAGUUAUUGCCAGCCGCAGAAGAGCCGACAGCACCUCGGAGGAGGAGAGCUCGUCCUCGUUUGGGUCGGACACCGCAGAUGAUGCCUCGGGAGAAGACAGCGAUGACGACUCGGAUGAUGAAGAUGAACUGCCAGCAGUUGCAGCCCCGUCUCGUUCUCAAACCUUGAACGGGGCGGGGCGCAAUAUCCGGUCGGCUUCUAGGGGUGGUUUCUCGAUUGCUGGCAGUACGGACAGUAUGUUUGGUGACUACGAACAUUUGUACGAGGACGAGGGUGAUAACCCCAACAUCUCUCCAGAAGAGAACAGGAAACUUUUCGAGAGCCAGAUCUUUGCAGAGCUGGAUGAUGACAAUGAUGAGGUGUACCAGGCGGUGGACGAUAUCAGCGACUCCGAGGACGAGUUGGAUGAUAGUCGCAUUGAGGAACAAGAACUUCUGGCCAUGCUUUCGGAAGAAGACAACAGCGAUGCGGACUUCUUGCUCAACCAGAUUGACGGACUCUCUGCCUAUGGCUUCGGUGACGACAGUGAUGCUACCAUCUACCGUUUUCCCUCCUCUCAGGGUAGCGACAGCGGGACUGAAGCUGCUCCUUCAAGACGUGUUCAUUUUGCGGUAGAGAGUGAUCGCUCGGUCUUCUUACCCUUGUCAGAAUCUCCUACUAUGACCCGACCAUUGCUUCCCUCGGCGCUUCCCGAGCUCGGAUUCUCUACUCCUACUUCCGACAAACGUUCCCGGGGGCUGGUCGAGGAUCUCGAUGAUUCUGAUCUGACCGACGAUUGUCUGCCUGAAGAGGCUCUACAAAGUACACCGACUACCACCCAGGUACCGAGAGAAUCGUCACCGUCGGUCACCCCGCCAGUCAAGAAGUCCCCUCGUCGCCGAGGUCCACGUCGUGGUAUCUUCAUUGAUGAAGGAACGAAGACAUCUGGAAUUCUGGACCCUUCUGGCAAGAUUAUUCUCAUGACAAAUCCUCAUUUGCUUGGGGAAGAAUUUGCUCGUCGUUAUGGAGCAUCUCAGACCUCUAGUCCUGACGUAGGCUUUGCUGAACUCAUCGACGAGAGCGACACUGGCGAACGUGAGGCCGGCGACCUCAUUGGCCCCCAAAACGCAGAUAUCAUGCUGGCCAGUCUCAAUUCUGCCAUCAGUGAUCCUUCAAACCUUGGCCAGGCCAUUGGUCCCUUGGAAGCCUUUUAUCCUUCCAGCAAUCUUUUGUUUGGGGACUUCGCGAUUGACCCAGACGAGUUGGAAGAAAAUUUUCAACCAGAUGAAGAUAUUGGCGAGGACGUCAUCAACCUCACCGACGUGAUCAAGUUUGAUGAGGACACGGACGACAGUGAGGCCCCGACCUCGCCGCUCUAUAUGCCGCCCAGCCGCGAACUUUCGGGCCUGGGCAAUGUGAACAACGAAUUUGCUUAUCUCAACAACAACAAUGUGACGGCCUUCCGGCGUAACGCAGACCCAGCGUUUGCCGCCCUUAACAACACGCCCUCGUUCCGGGAGAUGGACCUCUUCAGCUCACCGUUUGCAACCCCUGCACCUCGACGCAAGCGGAAAGCUCAUGCAUCUCCGUAUACUUCAUCCCACUACAAAGGUGUAACGCCGGUGCAGCGCAUGCGGGCUCCCAAUCAUCCGGAAACCCCUGAGGCAUCAACGCCUGCGAAGAGGCGCAGGAUCAUGACUUGA